AUGGCUGGAGCAUCAUCUACUGAAGAUGACCCCCCGCGCAAUGCUGCAAUAUCCUCUGCGUGGAGCUCGCUUGUACGUCGCAGUAUAGAAGCUUGGGAAUCACUCAAUCCAGAUAUGGGUGUGUUGCAAACAAGUUUCCUGCAAAGUUGGGAUAGUCUUGACGACCUUCUAACCCAAGCACCGGGGUCUCUUAUGUUUUGGUUUUUCCAGAAGAGAGAGGCAUUCCUGUCCCAGAAGGCUAUGACAAAAUGGAGCAACGAUCGGUUAGACGACUACAUCCUUCUUCCUGCUACCCCUGGAUUCGUCCUUCGUACCGACUGUUUCUUCGUCAGUCACUUCUGGCGCUCGAAAGAACACCCUGACCCGGAUGGCAAAUACCUACGGCUCAUUCAGAACGAUCUUCAACAGCAGACUUGGUCGUACGUCUGGGUCGACUGGACCUGCAUACCACAGUCGCCCCGCAACGACAAGGAAAAGGCGUAUUUUAGACGGGUUUUGCAGACGAUGUCUGGAAUAAUCAGGAACUCGGGUUUCAUUUACUACUAUCCACCGUUCGAAGCUCGCCUGUGGAUACUUUACGAGGUGGCUGAGUACACACUUACCUCUGAAAGUGAGCUCUACGUGACUGAAGACCUCAAGGAGUUCACAGACCACGUCAAAGAGAUGGUCCAAGUUGGGGUACGGCCGACACUAGAAAGACACCAGUAUAAGUGCACGUACGAGCCAGACAAAGAUUUUCUUAUCUCUUGGUUGGAGGUACUUGUUCUUCUGCAAAGACUGCAUGUCGACAUCCAAGGCGUGAGGCAAUUGUUGGAUUCGCUUACCUGGCACCCAUUUGCAAAGCAGCUAAUCAUGACCACUGAAGGCAUUUUGGAAUGCAGCAGAUUUGAGGGCAAUUUAAUUUUGAAUCGGCAACGACAUACCUUUACUCCGUUUCCCCGAUUGGAGAUUUGGCCCGAGCAUUCAAGAAAUAUUCCGACCGAGCUCCGUGACAGCGUUCCCAUUAGUGGCACCUGGGGUUUUGCUCCAAGUGAAACUCAACCUAGACCAUCGUCUUAG